UUCUCGCAACUUGACCAUUUAUAUUUUAUUACAUUUGUAUUUGUAUUUUAGGUUCAACAUUUUAUCAUUACAGCCAUGUUAUAGUAAGAACAAGAUUCUCAGCUUUUCCGUGACUAAUUUCAGUAUCGGUAGGUUAGUGAUCAUCGGACGUUGUCUUUUUUUUUUUUAAAAUCGCACCGUUUUAACAAAGAGCUAGAAGCUUCUCAAGACUUCGAUCAUGGCGACUCCCAAACUGACUCGUUUGCCUAGCAUCAGAGACCGCGUUGAGGACACUCUUUCCGCUCACCGUAACGAACUCGUUUCUCUCCUCUCUAGGUAUGUGGCACAGGGAAAAGGAAUUUUGCAACCGCAUACUUUGCUUGAUGAGAUUGAUAAUAUCUUCCCCGAUGAUGAAGCAAAGGAGAAGCUUAGCGAUGGCCCCUUUGGUGAAGUUAUCAAAUCUACACAGGAAGCCAUUGUUCUGCCUCCAUUUGUGGCCAUCGCUGUUCGUCCAAGACCUGGUGUUUGGGAAUUCGUUCGUGUUAAUGUCCACGAGCUUAGUGUGGAACAGUUGACUGUUGCUGAGUAUCUUCGUUUCAAAGAAGAUCUCGUAAGCGAGGAGAUUCAAGGAAAUUUUGUUCUUGAGCUGGACUUUGAGCCAUUCAAUGCAUCUUUUCCUCGUCCUAAUCGGUCUUCAUCCAUUGGUAAUGGUGUUCAAUUUCUUAACCGCCACCUUUCUUCAAAUAUGUUCCGCAACAAAGACUGCUUGGAGCCAUUACUUGAUUUCCUUCGAGCACACAAAUACAAAGGACGUGCAUUAAUGUUGAAUGAUCGUGUAACAAGCGUAUUGCGCCUUCAAUCUGCUUUAUCUAAGGCUGAGGACUAUCUUUCUAAACUUCCAGCUGAAACGCCAUAUUCUGAGUUUGAAUAUGUUUUACAAGGAUUUGGUUUUGAGAGAGGUUGGGGAGACACUGCAGAACGAGUGCUGGAGAUGAUGCAUCUUCUUUUGGAUAUUCUUCAGGCUCCUGAUCCUUCUACAUUGGAGACAUUCCUUGGGAGACUGCCUAUGGUGUUUAAUGUUGUCAUUUUGUCUCCACAUGGAUACUUUGGGCAAGCAAAUGUUUUAGGUUUGCCUGACACCGGCGGGCAGGUGGUCUAUAUACUGGAUCAAGUUCGUGCACUGGAGAAAGAGAUGCUUCUCCGAAUUCAGAAGCAAGGAUUAGAUAUCGAACCUAAGAUUCUUAUUGUGACAAGGUUAAUACCCGACGCAAAAGGGACCACAUGUAACCAGCGUUUGGAAAGAGUCACUGGAACAGAACAUACACAUAUUUUGAGAGUUCCAUUUAGAUCAGAAAAGGGUAUUCUUCGUAAAUGGAUCUCAAGAUUUGAUGUCUGGCCUUAUCUAGAGACCUUUGCCGAGGAUGUGGCAAGUGAAAUUAGUGCUGAGUUGCAAGCAAUCCCAGAUUUUAUAAUAGGAAAUUACAGUGAUGGGAAUCUUGUUGCAUCUUUGUUGGCUUAUAAAAUGGGGGUUACACAGUGCACCAUUGCUCAUGCAUUGGAGAAGACUAAAUACCCAGAUUCAGAUAUAUAUUGGAAAAAAUUCGAGGAGAAAUACCAUUUCUCGUGUCAGUUCACUGCUGAUCUAAUAGCCAUGAAUAAUGCAGAUUUUAUAAUCACCAGCACAUACCAGGAGAUUGCAGGAACGAAGAAUACUGUUGGUCAGUAUGAGAGCCACACCUCCUUCACUCUUCCUGGGCUAUAUCGAGUUGUUCAUGGCAUUGAUGUUUUUGAUCCAAAGUUCAAUAUUGUUUCACCUGGAGCAGAUAUGUCAAUUUAUUUUCCCUACUCUGAAAAGAAUAGAAGACUUACAGCGUUCCACGAUUCCAUAGAAAAGUUGCUGUAUGCUCCAGAGCAGAAUGAUGAGCACAUUGGCAUGUUGGAUGACCGAUCAAAGCCCAUAGUUUUCUCCAUGGCAAGACUUGACAGGGUGAAGAACAUUUCAGGAUUAGUUGAGCUAUAUGCUAAGAACGCCAAAUUGAGGGAAUUGGUGAACCUUGUUGUAGUAGCUGGCUAUAUUGAUGUGAAGAAGUCAAACGAUAGAGAAGAAAUCUCAGAAAUUGAGAAGAUGCAUGACCUUUUUAAGAACUACAACUUGCAUGGUCAAGUUCGAUGGAUAGCUGCUCAGACUAAUCGUGCACGUAAUGGAGAGCUAUAUCGUUACAUAGCUGACACAAGAGGUGUUUUUGUCCAGCCUGCUUUCUAUGAAGCUUUUGGGCUUACAGUAGUUGAGGCUAUGACAUGUGGUCUUCCAACUUUUGCUACUUGCCAUGGAGGUCCUGCAGAGAUUAUUGAGCAUGAUAUAUCUGGUUUCCACAUUGAUCCUUAUCACCCUGAUCAGGCUGCUUCACUUCUGGUGGACUUCUUUCAACGAUCCAAGGAGGAUUCUAACAACUGGAACAAAAUUUCAGACGGGGGAUUGCAAAGAAUUUAUGACAGGUACACUUGGAAGAUUUAUUCUGAAAGGCUUAUGACACUAGCUGGUGUUUAUGGUUUCUGGAAGUAUGUUUCAAAGCUGGACAGGCGUGAGACCCGUCGUUACCUUGAAAUGUUCUACAUUCUCAAGUUCCGUGAUCUGGCAAAAUCCGUCCCCAUGGUAAGCGAUGAAACACAUUAAAGUACUGAAGGGUCUGCUUUUUAGUCCAUGGAUGUGAUUUCAUACAAAUAUGGUGAUGUUUGUAAAUAAAUAAAGCUUUGAUCAUGUGUGUCUUAAACAUAAAACAUGAAACUAAUCCCUGUUGUAUGUAUGCCAGAGCUUUGACUCUCAUGGAAGAUGGAACCCUUGUAAUGUUUAAUAUAACCUUUCUUUUCUUUGUGUGCGA